AUGAAGACCUCCCAACUAGCGGCCCCUUUUCUGUCCACAAUCCUGGCCUCGCAGGUUGUCACAGCGCAGAGUGGCGCCUGGCAGCAAUGCGGCGGCAAUAACUGGACAGGGGCAAAGACCUGCGUGAGCGGCUACACUUGCGAGGUCAUCAACGAGUGGUACCAUCAGUGCGUCCCGGGGUCGCCCAACACGGCUCCUGCGACUACGAAGACGACUACUAAGCCUUCAUCUACCAUCACAACCACGACCCGUCCGACAGGCACUGUUCCGCCCACUACUACCCAGGACACAACUACCACCACCACUGGCGAGGCGGGCGGUGGUGAUCUGCCGCCGUUCCCUUCCACCCUCCUCCCAUCUCACUACUUUGUCCGAGCUGUCGCUUCACCCAAUUUCCAUUCCUACCUCCAGGCCAAGCCGACGCGGACACCUGGCACGGCUUAUCUCGACGAAAACACUGGAGCAGGUCAGUUCCGGCUGGAGUCGGGCCAGCUCGUCUACAACAUUGGCGAAGGCCUUGAGCCCCUUUACAUGAAUGUCGAGAAGCCCGACGACUUGACGCAGCGGAAGCUCACCACUUCUUUCAAACCCACCAAGAACACGUUUGGCACAUUCAAGUUCCAGGGCGACACGUUGACCUGGAGCACCCCGGAGAUCAGCAGGCCUAAUGAGGCGGCGUGGCUCGUGUGCGAGGACCAGGAGCUUUUCAUCAACACGGGCGCUUACCUCUACCAGACGCCUGCUGGGUGUUUUGACCAGACGAUUCAUUCGUACGGAGGUUCAACCCCCGAUGUCUAA